AUCAACAAAUAGUGACAGAUGUGAAUAGCGCCUCCUGCAGGGAAUGCCCUAAUCACAGAUCAAUUCGUUUUUAUUGUACGAUUUCUGCGAAACGUUCGUGGCUGUACGUGCUUUUUGACAAAUGUAAAUACGACAUAGGAAGGAGAACAACAACAACAUCAAAAAAAAAACAUCAAGAAUGAGCUAUUAGUUAUGGUCAGCGCCUAAAUUCGAAGUGUGUCAGAUCAGAUCAUCAUCAGUCGAAUUGAUUGGACUCGUUACAUUGUGAAUCCGCUCGAAGAUGAUUAAGUAUGUGUGGAAGUGCAUCUUUACACCUAGGCUAAUUAAGCUGUACGGUUUUGGUCCAGUUGAGAAAUUGUACGAGCCUACUGCACUUGAAAACCUGGGUGAUACAGUGAUCCAAUCAUUAUAUCUAAUAUGGAAACUUGGAGUGUACACUACUCCUUUGCUGGUGAUCUUCCUGACUCGCCGUGGCUACUUUGAACCAGAAGGCUUCGUAACACUCACCAAGUUUAUAACGCUGCUGGGCGGUGUUAUUGUUUCUUCCUACUUGAUUCGAGGUAUCGGAAGGGCCAGCAAUCCGGUAUAUACGAAGUUCAUUGCAGCGCUGGACAAUGCGCAAACUGGCCUGACCUCAGCUACGAAACGAGAUCUCUCCUUAUACGAUUUCGAUUUCUUCGCUUGGCCCGUGGAAUUCCGAUGGUCGGACGUGGCGAAACUCGAGAAGACGGCGUCCAGAAGUUUCAUAGAUAAACCGGAAUCGCUGCGAAACAUCAUGCAAUUGGGCGCGACUCUGCCGUGCCAGAUCAUCAGCUAUUUGGCUAUACACAGUUUCGGGAUUAAGUUGCUCUAUCCUGGUACACUAACGCUGCUGCAAAACAUGAUUAGUCACAAUUUGUUGCAGGGAAGGUCCAAGUUGAUUGAAGUUAACGGAGGGGUCAGAUAUAAAUUGGAGGCAAAAGAUGGAAACGAAAUCGACACUAUGUUCGUGGAUAAACGUGCGAGCAGUGGAAACGGAACGACCUUGGUUAUCUGCAGCGAAGGGAACGCAGGGUUCUACGAGAUCGGGAUUAUGGGAACCCCGAUUGCCGCUGGAUACUCGGUGCUAGGAUGGAAUCAUCCUGGUUUCGGUGGAAGUACAGGCACUCCGUAUCCUUCACAAGAGUUAAACGCGAUGGACGCGGUAAUGCUUUUCGCCAUCCACAGAUUGGGUUUCCAAGUUGAAAAUAUUGUAUUGUACGGUUGGAGCAUCGGCGGUUACAGCACCAGUUGGGCUGCUAUGAAUUAUCCAGAAGUCAAAGCUAUGAUUUUGGAUGCUUCUUUCGACGACAUUAUGCCGCUGGCUUUAAAUUACAUGCCCUCUUGGUCGGAAUCCAUAAUCCGACUUGCAGUCAGGCAGUACGUGAAUCUGAACAACAUCAAGCAGAUGUCGAAGUAUUCAGGUCCUGUAUUGCUUAUCCGACGUAGCCAGGACGAGGUCAUAUGCACAGAGACGGGAAACCAGAGCAGCAAUCGCGGUAAUUUCCUGUUGCUAAAGCUGCUGAAAUUCAGGUAUCCGUUGGUGAUGGGUGAGAAACAGCAAACGAUUCUGUUGGAUUAUUUGGGUUUAUCCUUGGCGACGGCUCAAGAUGAUUUCUUGAAGAAGUAUGACGCGGACGAAACCUGCAACAGGUUGUUGGAAUCCCACUUGAGAACUAACAACGAUUUUUCUGAAUUGGGUGCAGGCCUCAACGACGACGAGAAGACUAAACUUACUUUAUAUUUGGCAACUAAAUAUAUGAAAGAUUACAAGUCCACUCAUUGCACUCCACUCCCAAUGGACAUGUUCCAAAUGCCUUGGGAACCUAUCGAGGAAACCAAAAGGAGUGUUACACUCAAUUCCAUGGAAUCUAAGGGAUAGAAAACAACAUACCUGACAAUUAAAAAAUCUAUAUAUUUUUAAAACUCUUCAAAGAAACACCUGAAGUUUGCAUGUAGGUUUUCAUCAGGUAAAUUAGGUAUUUUUUUUUGUAAGUUGGGAGCGAGAAUACCUCUCAUUAAGCGUUUUAUCAGCCAAUGGUAUUUGUUUAGGGAAUAAGAUCACCAAGUGAGUGACGGACGUAAAAAUACAUAUUAAUUUCCUUGUCUUGUAAUGAACAUGAUGAUGUUUUCAAGAUGUAAUUUUGUUGAUCGAAAAAAGAAAUAAACAUUCUCACAAUUAA